ACCAACCGCUGCUAAUAACUGCAUUAUUUCAAGAGUUUUAUGAAAACCCAAGACGCAUAGGCGCUAUUUAAGAAAAAAAAAUAGUAAGAGGGGAAGGGGAAAGGGGGGAAAAAAGACCUGCGGAUUGAUCUACACUGUAUUUUUGGGUAAAUACAAUCACGUGAGAGCUGGGAGCCAAUGGCAAACUAGGAAAGGCUGAAAAAAUAAUUACCUGCCCUGAUUGUUCUAUGAGAAGAUAAAAAGUACACAUACAGUUCAUACAAUAAUCUUAUGAAUGUAAAAGAGGGGGGAACAAUGUCGGCUUCUGGUCCCAUAAGCAACUAUUAUGUAGAUUCCUUGAUUAGUCAUGAAAGCGAAGAACUGUUGGCAUCAAGGUUCCCAGCUACUGGCUCUCACCCUGCAGCAGCUAGACCUUCAGGACUAGUACCGGAGUGUGCAGAUUUUCCAUCCUGCAGCUUUGCCCCCAAACCGGCCGUUUUUACUACUUCGUGGGCUCCCGUGCAUUCCCAGUCGUCCGUGGUCUACCACCCGUACACCCACCAGCCUCACAUUGGAACUGACACCAGAUAUAUGCGCACUUGGCUGGAGCCUAUCUCCGGCGCUGUCUCCUUCCCAGGUUUUCCAACCAGCAGCCGGCACUACGGGCUUAAGCCCGACGCCUUCCACGGCCGCAGGGACUGCGGACCGGUGGAUGGACGUAGUUAUCCGGAUUAUAUGUACGGAUCCCCGGGAGAUCUCAGGGACAGAACCCCGCAGACUAUUCCCUCCCCGGAAUCUGAGGCCAUCGCUUCCAACAAACACAAAGAAGAAAAGACCGAAUUGGACCCUAACAAUCCCGUGGCAAAUUGGAUUCAUGCGCGUUCUACAAGGAAGAAAAGAUGUCCCUACACGAAGUAUCAAACGCUGGAAUUGGAAAAGGAGUUUUUGUUCAAUAUGUACCUAACACGGGACCGCCGUUAUGAAGUGGCCAGGGUUCUUAAUCUCACGGAGCGCCAGGUCAAAAUCUGGUUUCAGAACAGGCGAAUGAAAAUGAAGAAAAUGAACAAGGAGAAAACCGAUACUAGUAAAGAGCAGCAGCAGUGAAAUUGGCCGAGUCUCUCCAAGUCAAUGGAGAAACCGAGGCGCUGGCUCUUCCUUGGGGUUCGAAGUGUUUCUGACUUUUUUCCGUGUGCUGAUGAGUGUUUAGAAUUAGUUAAACACAGCAACCAUUCUGGAGCAAAAGACAUAGAAGAGUGCUUUUAUAAGAAAAA